AUGUCUACGACACUGCCGCUUUUCUGGGACUUGUCCUCUGCUUCAAAGAAGGAGCGCGUCGACGCGUCCGUCAAGCUCAUCAGCGCACUCGAGCAGUUUCAGACAAACCAUGUUCCUCAGCCGGACGUCGGUUCAGACACCGAGGACGGCGGCGGCGAUGCACUCGACCUCCUCAACUCGCCGGAUGUGUCUUACUCGAUACGUAGGCUUCUAAGAGGUCUUGCAAGUCCGAGAGAAAGCAGCAGAUUGGGAUUCAGCGUUGCUUUGACAGAGCUUCUCUCGAGAAUAAACACCGUUACAUGCACACAAGUCGUUUCUCUUAUAAGCGAUUCGACAAAAAAACAAGGCUCGAUGUCGGGUCAAGAAGAACGCGACAUUCUCUUCGCCCGUCUGUUUGGACUCACAGCUGUCAUUCGCUCUGGCCUCCUCGUUCGUCAGACGCCUCUCCCGAGUUCUGGCUCGUCCAAUACUCAAGUUUCGAGCAUAGAGGGCUACGAAGAGGUAUUGAAGAAGUUGAUCGAGGUUGGGGAGACGAAGUCGUGGCUGAGAGAGAGCGCGUGGUGGACGGUUGGGUUGGCCAUCGAUGCAGUGCAAGAGUCCUCCGUGCCGUGGAAAGUGAAGGCAGUGGAUACAACUGUCGAGUAUCUCUUUUCGAAGGAAAAGGAGUCGUUUUGGUCGCCGGAAAAAGUUGCAAUGACAUUGAAGCUGCAGCCUCUCUUGCCGAACCACGAUUGGGAGAGUUCGCUGGCACCUGUGUUUAAGGGCUCUAACAUAUUGGCUGUCGCGAAUCUCGCUUCAUUAGGGCGGAUUCUGAAGGAGUCUGCUUUAGAUGAUGAUGAAGUUCCUAAUCCUGGUUCUGGUUCAUGGAAUCCCCAAAUCCACUUUGUCUGGGACAUGCUAUUCGACCGUCUCUUACCAACCUCUAACUCAAUACAACCCCCGCAAGGAUCUUUCCGAGAAUUUUUCCGCAUAGUCGUCGAUGAUUCCUUGUUUUCCUCCACGUCGUCAGCUGAGAGGAAGUACUGGGGUUUUCAAGUCUUUAAAAAGGCGCUUACCCGCGUCAGCACCGACGAAUUGCCUAUGCUCUUCACCAAAAAUCUCAUGCGGUCAUGGAUAAACCACCUAUCUAAAAGCGACCGCUAUCUGCACAAAAUUUCCCUCGACGUGGCAAAACACAUUCAGUCGUUCGUCCAAGAAAAUCCUACUUUGGGAUUUCCCUUGAUCCUGCAACUCACAGGCAUCAAUGGCAGCCAAGAAUUCGACAAAUUGACCCGAACAAAGACAGUGGAGUCCAUUCUGUCAGUUAUGGAUAGCGAGGGAAUCAAGAGCUACAUCGUUUCUUUGCUAGACCAAGCAAAUGCGAAGGACGCCGAUGAGGAUGUUGCAGCUCUGAACUCUCGGCGAACUUGGAUCGCAGACCAAUUCGCAGCACUAAUACGUAAUGGAUCUGUGCCAAAAAGUGAUGAAUGGAUCCAAAUUCUUCUAGACUGGUACACCGUGAACGGACUAUAUUCGAUUCGCAAGAAAUCCGGGUCUAGCUCGAUACGAGCGCUUCGUGCACUUCCGUCUCCACCGUUUACAGAAGGUUUCCAAGCCCACUGUCGUACAAGGUUGCUCAGUAGUCUCGCAGACCUCACGAGCCAAACCACGAUCGUGAAGAAGGGUGACAAAACACACAAAGAGACGGCCGUUGCUGCUGACGGUGAAUUCUGGAUAUCCAAAGUACUCACGACGCUGGCGCAAUUAGACAAAGAUACCAAACAUGUUAGUCCGCUAGCACCCGUGGAUGAGGAGAGGCAAGAGUUGUUGGACAGGGUCAAGAAAACCCAUGAAAAGUUGGGCAAGGUGAGGUUCAUUGUACUGGUGUCCGCUGAGAAGGAGGAAAUUGCGAAAGGCUUCGAACUCGUCCUUUCAUCCCUAGUCCUCCAAUGUCGCUGUGGAGAGGACAGUGUUGGGAAUCUCGAAGCCUGUCUCAGCGCAGCGUCGCGAAUGUUCGCAGCUAAAAAAUCAUCCAAGAAGAAAGGCAAACAAAGUGAAUUACCCGCGGAAGACGAGCCAGAACCGAUUGAUGUUCUGGUGGACCUGCUCAUUGGGUACCUGGAAAAUGCGAGUGCAUACACGCGCUCAGUGGCCAACGAGGCUUUCUCCUGUGUCACUGGUGCGGUUCAGGAGAGCACAAUAGAUCUCGUUCUUACACAACUUGAACGACGGAAUCCAGCCGAGCUUGCUGAGGUUGAGAUCGAAGAGAUGAAUGCCGACAGCGACGAAGAAGAUGAGGACUCUUCAGAAGCAUCGGACGAUGACGAAAGCCAGUCUGAAGAGAGUGACGAUGAAGACGCUCAGGAGACUCGGAAGAAAAUUGUUGACUUGCUCAAGGCUAGCGGCAUGGGCAGCGUCGAGGAUGACGAGUCGGAUGAAAAAUCUGACGAAGAAUCCGAAGAACUUAUGGAUGAUGAACAGAUGAUAGCAAUAGACGAGCAACUUGCUAAGAUCUUCCGAUUCCGGAAGGACGAGCAGAGGUCCAAGAAAGGUGUGGAUGCACAACGAGAAGCAACGCACUUCAAGAAUAGGGUUCUUGACCUCGUCGAUACCUUCGUUAAGAGAGAACCUCAAAAUCCGCUCAACAUUCGACUUAUACUCCCUCUGAUUGACCUGGUGACGAAGAGCGGGAUGGACGAGAAACAGCUCUCUGAUAAGGCGAAGGGCAUCCUUAAUAACCGUCUUGCCAAGUCCAAGGACGUGCCAAUCAAUGCGACACGCGAUGAAGUCGAAACCAUCCUUCGCGAGGUUCACCAACGAGUUCGGAAGUCGCAUUCCCCGGACAACCUCUCGGUCCUAAGCCAAAGUAGUCUUUAUUUGUGCCGGGUACUGGUCCAGCUAAAUGAAGAUGAUGGUGUGGUCCGCAUAUACCAGGAAUCUUUGGAUGAUUACAUGUCCCGCAAGGCAUCUCAGGCCAACUUCAGCUUCUUCCAGGACUUCGUCCGUCGCUUCCAGGUACUAGGAUCAAAGUUCCGUGACCCUGUUUUGACUGCGUCCUCAAACGCCGUCAAUUCCUAUAGGAGAUGCCAGGCAUUCCAACUCCUGAGCAUAAUUUUGAGCCAGCCAAGCAAGAGGUACUUGGGUGACGUUGACUGGGAGAAGGAUGACCAGGCGAUCACGUCGUCGUUCCAGAAGAGUCUACAGAAAACCGUGCUAGAUCUCGCAAACGGAGCUGUCGACGAUCAAUGCAGCUGGAGUGCCAGUCAGCUGAAGGACCUAUUGAAAGGCGUCCUAAUCUGUAUCCGCCAGGUGCAGAAGUCAAACUCGUCGCCCGGAAAGGUGAUUUGGAACCCUGCUGCAUGGAAUGCGCUACAUGCGAGACUCGCUGCUUGCGACCGUUUCAAAUCGUCGUCGCCCCUCCUGAGCAUGUGUCGUCAAAUAGAAUCAAUUGCUUCUCAGCUGAAACCCGCAACUCGGAGUGGCGAUGGAGGAAAACGCAAGGCGGAUGAAGUGGUAGAUACUACGGAUUCCUCUAAAAAAUCGGGUCGGAAGAAACAAAAGAAAACCAAAUCAUAGUAACACUAUGCUCCUAAUGUAGAUCGAUGCAGGUACAUUUGGGUGCGGAGUUCUCGUAGCAACUGGGUUGCGUCUGGUGGAUUUGCG